ACUAGGAGGAGAGGUAGAGUAUUUAAACACACCUCUUCUCUCUCUCAAUCAUAUUUCUCUGCAUCUUUCUUGCUUACCUGUGUUCCCUCAUAUUCAAUCACCUCCAAACCAUAAUUAACGCAAAACCCUAAAUCAAGAAAGCCAACGACACACUUCAAGGCGACAGAUAAGUCGGGUGCAUGCACCUCCUGGAUGCUUUGUGCAUGUGGGGUAACAGAGAGCUGAAAACGGUCUUUUCUUUCGAGGAACUAAUAUAGGAUGCGGAGGUGGUUGUGCUGUACUUGUCAAGUCGAAGAAUCUGUACCAUCAAAUGACAAUGAAUUCGUAAAGAAUUCAACGGAACAUGGGGAUGGGCACCAAAAGGGUUCGAAAGGAUCUCCUAUCAAGUCUGAAGUGCAAAAGGCAGUGCCACCGAUGGAAGUGCCUGCACUUUCGUUGGAAGAACUGAAAGAAAAAACUGACGAUUUUGGAUCAAAGGCGCUGAUUGGUGAAGGUUCAUAUGGAAGAGUUUAUUUUGCAACCUUAAAUAAUGGAAAAAAUGUGGCUGUGAAAAAACUUGAUGUUUCUACUGAGGCUGAAUCGAAUAAUGAGUUCUUGACUCAGGUUUCCAUGUUCUCAACGCUAAAGCAUGAGAAUCUUAUCGAGUUGCUUGGCUACUGUGUCGAAGGAAAUGUACGUGUCCUGGCUUAUGAAUUUGCAACGAUGGGAUCUCUACACGACAUUUUGCAUGGUAGGAAGGGUGUGCAAGGAGCACAACCAGGGCCAGUGCUUGAUUGGAUGCAACGGGUAAGGAUUGCUGUGGAUGCAGCAAGGGGACUCGAGUACUUACAUGAGAAGUCCCAACUGUCGAUAAUACACAGAGAUAUAAGGUCGAGCAAUGUGCUCUUAUUUGAAGACUUGAAAGCCAAGAUUGCCGACUUUAACCUUUCAAAUCAGUCACCAGAUAUGGCCGCUCGUUUGCAUUCUACUAGAGUCCUGGGUACCUUUGGCUAUCAUGCACCAGAAUAUGCAAUGACUGGACAGCUAACACAGAAGAGUGAUGUUUAUAGCUUUGGGGUUGUUCUGCUUGAGCUUCUAACAGGCCGGAAGCCUGUUGAUCACACCAUGCCUCGUGGACAGCAGAGUCUUGUCACUUGGGCUACUCCAAGGCUAAGUGAAGACAAAGUUAAACAAUGUGUUGAUCCAAAACUCAAGGGAGAAUAUCCUCCAAAAGCAGUUGCAAAGUUGGCAGCUGUGGCAGCAUUGUGUGUGCAGUAUGAGUCUGAGUUCAGGCCUAAUAUGAGCAUUGUGGUGAAGGCUCUUCAGCCACUUCUCAAGGCUUCUUCUGCACCAGCACCAGCAGCUGAGGUGUAGAAACGAAAAGAAAGCAUGGGUGUGUUCAUCUGUAGAUUCUAUCUCCAUCUCUAUCUAUACACACACACAACACAUCUAUAUAUAUAUAUAUAAAAUAUAAUAUGCAUAUAACGUAUGAUUCUUGCGUUUGAGUUUGUGCCGGCUGUUUUUGUUUGCUGAAGUCGGGAUAAUUAUGGAUAGAGUGGAAUUUGGUUUUGUUUUCUGGUGAUUCUUUUGAUAUUGCAUGAGGUUUUCAAGACAGACCUUCAUGUCUUUGUUUUUAUUCAUUUGAUUCAACAAAUGAGUUGGUUGGUAUCUUCAACUUUC